GCUGGUAUUCCAUCCUCGAGCUGUCGGCAAGUCGCUCAGACUAACCUCUCGCGCGCUCCUGUCCACCUUCACAGACCGGUGCCUCUGUCUGUCCGGAUAACCAAAGCUCUUACCUUCUCCCUCUGCUGAGAACACACAACCUGAAGAAACAUGGAAGCCAUCAAGAAGAAGAUGCAGAUGCUGAAGCUGGAUAAGGAGAAUGCGAUAGACCGGGCAGAGCAGGCUGAGGGGGACAAAAAGGGAGCAGAGGACAAAUGCAAACAGCUGGAGGAGGAGCUGCUGGGCCUGCAGAAGAAGCUGAAAGGAGUUGAGGAUGAGCUGGACAAAUACUCAGAGUCGCUGAAGGAUGCCCAGGAGAAGCUGGAACAGGCAGAGAAAAAGGCAGCAGAUGCUGAGGCAGAAGUGGCGUCUCUAAACAGGCGUAUCCAGCUGGUGGAGGAGGAGUUGGACCGAGCUCAGGAGAGACUGGCCACCGCUCUGCAGAAGCUGGAAGAGGCUGAGAAAGCAGCAGAUGAGAGCGAGAGAGGAAUGAAGGUUAUAGAGAACAGAGCAACAAAAGACGAGGAGAAAAUGGAGAUCCAGGAGAUGCAGCUGAAGGAGGCCAAACACAUCGCUGAGGAGGCCGACCGCAAAUAUGAAGAGGUUGCACGUAAACUGGUGAUCCUGGAGGGUGAUCUGGAGCGCUCAGAGGAGCGUGCUGAGGUGGCUGAGGCUAAAUCAGGUGACCUUGAGGAAGAGUUGAAAAAUGUCACCAACAACUUGAAGUCACUGGAGGCCCAGGCCGAGAAGUACUCACAAAAGGAGGACAAAUACGAGGAAGAAAUUAAAGUUCUUACUGAUAAACUGAAAGAGGCUGAGACCCGUGCAGAGUUUGCAGAAAGGUCUGUGGCCAAGCUGGAGAAAACCAUUGAUGAUUUGGAAGAGAAACUGGCCCAAGCCAAAGAAGAGAACUUGGACAUGCACCAGGUGUUGGACCAAACCCUUUUGGAGCUCAACAAUCUAUAGAGACCUCUUCAGAGCUACAUGAAGAACAAUGGAUAGAGCAAGACAAAAAAAAAAGGUUUAAUCUCCCGCUGAAACUCCCAGCAUAAACCCUUACAAAUGAAAUCUUAAUGUAGUAUCAACAGUUGUAAAUGUGAGGAUUGGUUCAGAUGUAAAUCUAUAGUGCCCCUUAAAUGACAUGAGCAAGAACUCGUUUCAGAUUCAUAACAAAAAUUAUUUUGUGUGCACUAGAAACUUUGUAGUUAAUCAGAAAUGAUCCUGUCGUCAAUAAAAAGUUAAUUGCAUGCACAUGUAACUAUCCGGUAUGCACCAGAAAGCAGAGAUGUGGGCUUGAGGCAUUGUGACAUGGACUCGAGUCAACUCGAGUCACUGUUUUGAUGGUUUGCAACUUGACUUGACAGAAUAUAAAUGACUUGAGACUCGACUUGAACGUUGAAUAGUUGUGACUUGACUUGAGACAUGAUGACUCAGAUGACUUUUUAGCUUUCAUUUUAUGUUUUCAGUUUAAAUAUUAAAUAUAAAAAAAAUUUUAAUGACCUCGGACUCAAUUGAGACUUGGACCAAAUGUCCUCGGACUCAAUUGAGACUUGAACCAGAUCACAUGAUUCACACUCCUAUCAAGAGUAAUUGUUCUACCAGAAAGGCUUCUCUUGUUUGACCAAACAUGAUGACGCUUUUCACAUUGCAUAUAUUCUUAAACAGAGCCCAUGCACUAUGUAUCUUUUUAAAACUAAUGAUAUACUGAAACUCAUACAAGAUAGUUGCUGCUGCACACAAGAAACCUUUCUCCUUCACACAGCAUAGUUUCUAGUAUGCACUGUUUUUUUUCCUUGGUUGAUAGUGUGAUACAUGAAUUUCCAAGAUGUGUUCCAAGAAGACUGUCCUCCGAAGAAAAACAAUAACAUUAGUUGUUCAAAUGGCUCUAUGUUAAAGUCUCACUGAAAUAGACUGUGUGAAUGAAUGUGGGGAGGAAAUGAUAUCUGUUUCAGAUCAAAACACUCAUUUUAGAAAGCAAACCUUUUGUCUUUUAAUUUGAGGGACUUCAAUAUGUCUGUUUACUUUCUAGGGUAACAUUCAAGUUUUUGUAGUAAAAUUAACCAUUUAUUGGCUACAUUAUUAUCAGUGUUAUUUUUAGGUUAAAAAAUUAUGACACCUCAAUAUUUUGAGUUACAUUUUAAAAAGAUGAUGAAUGAUUUUAAUGAACAAUUUGACAAACUAGCAGACAAGAGUGUGGCUGAUUUUUGAUGUUUAAAGAUUUAAAUGAAGUGCUGGGAGCUGUAAUACUGACAUCUAAUUCUGAAUAAAGGUUUUAUAUAUUGUAAACAAAAAUGCAUUCUUCAAAUAAUAUAGUUC